CUGAAUUCCAUCCACCCACCACACCCAGCUCCGACCGAUCUCCACUCCAGACAUAAUUCGUCAGAUCACCUAACCUUAAAGAACGGAUACACGUCACGGUCACUUCGUAAACAGCCGGUCGAUCAUGGCUUCCUCCCUUCGCCACUUCGCCUGCCACGGCUCCCCCGCCGCCGCCUCGCCCACGCCGCCGCCGAGCUUGCUGCGCCCCUUCAGCCCCGACUUUUGCGCCCUCGCUGUCCUUCGGCCGAUCAGACCGGCCGCCGCGACCCCCAAACCCCCGGAAGACGCCACGACCUCCACCGAGCAGGAGCAACGAGAGCAGGAGCAGCAGCUCGCCUCCCCCUGCCGCGGCGCCUACGAGGAGCCGUCGUCGUCGCCGUCGCCGUCGGUAUCCUCGACGGAGGCGCAAGAUCCCGCGGCGCUGCGCGUGGGGAUCAUCGGGUUCGGCAACUUCGGCCAGUUCAUCGCCAGGGGCAUCCAGCGGCAGGGCCACGCCGUGCUGGCCACCUCCAGAUCCGACUACUCCGACUACUGCUCCGCCCACGGGAUUCGCUUCUUCAGAAGCUUGGAGGCGCUGUGCGAGGAGCAGCCGGACGUGCUGCUGGUUUGCAGCUCCAUCCUCUCCACGGAGUCCGUCGUCCGCGCCAUUCCCCUCGCCAAGCUCCGCCCCGACACCAUCGUCGCCGACGUGCUCUCCGUCAAGCAGUUCCCCCGCAACCUCCUUCUCGAGAUCCUACCGCCGGAGUUCGGCAUCGUUUGCACACACCCCAUGUUCGGGCCGGAGAGCGGGAAGCACGGCUGGAGCAAGCUCCCCUUCGUCUACGACAAGGUUCGCCUUUCGGAUGAAGGAGACCAGAAGGCCAAGUGCGACCAGUUCUUGAGCAUCUUUGAGCGGGAGGGGUGUCGGAUGGUGGAGAUGACAUGCGCAGAGCAUGACCGCCAUGCUGCGGGAAGCCAGUUCAUCACGCAUACCAUUGGGAGGGUUUUGGCGCAGCUAAACCUCCAGUCCACACCAAUCAACACCAAGGGUUACGAGACCCUCAUGCAGCUUACGGAGAACACAUUGAGUGACAGUUUCGAUCUAUACUACGGACUCUUCAUGUACAACGUGAAUGCAACAGAGCAGAUGGACAAACUAGACAGGGCGUUUGAUGAUGUGAAGCAGAUGCUAUACGGCAGGCUGCAUGGUGUACUGCGAAAGCAGAUCGUAGAGAGGGUCCCCAUGCCCGGAGCCCCUUCGUCGGGAUCGAGUGAAGGCAGGGACAGUCCUGCUACGAACACAGAAGAGAUGAAGCCCCUAUCCCCCUCCCCUUGUCAUACGUUUUCCACGGUGGCUUUCAGCACCGCAAAAUGUUGAAUCUCUGUAUCUUUCUCGCCGUUGUAACAUUGUUAAUCAAGCAUCUGCGAUUAGGGCUCUAUGCAUGUAAUAUUGACCAAGCUUUUUAUUUAUUUAUUUUGCAAAA